AUGGCUGCCUACAGAACCACAUCCGACAUCCCCGUCUCAUCCUCCCAUGAGUCGAACCCUGAGCCUGGAACCGGAGCAGCAGCAACCGCGUUCCCCAAUCCCAACGUACAUAACAAUCCGCAUGUCUAUAUGGCUGUCUAUUCUUCAGUGCCGGUAUACGAGAUGAUGGUGCGCGGGAUCGGUGUGAUGCGAAGACGCUAUGAUUCUUACAUGAACGCCACCCAAAUUCUCAAAGUGGCUGGGCUCGAUAAAUCUAAGCGGACCAGACUUUUGGAACGCGAAAUCAUCCAAGGAGAGCACGAAAAAAUUCAAGGAGGUUAUGGAAGAUAUCAGGGGACCUGGGUACCCUUUACACGCGCAAAAGAAUUGGCCACCCAACUGAACGUAGCCCAACUGCUCGGCCCUAUCUUUGACUAUCUACCCGACCCAAAUGCUGAACCUCCCAUCCGAUCCUCCAUCACAAAACCAUUAUCCAUGGCUUCUCGUGCCAAUUCUCAGAAAAGUACUCUGGCGCGCCAGACAAGUCGGCAAAGCUUGAACGAUAAACGCGAGCGUUCUGGCAAUACAACCCCUCUUACCAACGACCAACCCGAAGCUGGUCCAAGCAAACGAAGCAGGCUAAAUACGCCGUCUCGACAAUCGAAUGGCAGCGCCAACACGCCUUCGUCACUAAUCGAUCACCCCCAUUCACUCAUGGACCCCGAGUUCAUCGUCCCUCAGCACCACUCCCAACCCGCAGCUGUUUCACAAUCAUCCACCACCUCAACAUUUCCACCCGUCCCUGGAGCUCAUGCCACCUACUCAGCUGGACCUUCGUGUCUCCGAAAAUCAACUUGUUCUUCAAGGUCUCACUUAGAAGUUGCUCUGAAAGCCGAAAGGAAUAUACACACCUUGAUGGCUCUCUUCGCGAAUCCAUCCGAUAGCGAUGAACAACAAUCUGGGACUAAUCAGACAAUUCCAAAUUCAGUAGCUGAAGUCAAUGAGGUCCUUGAAGAUCCUGAACUGGAGAUCGAUACCCCAAUAGAUGAGCAUGGUCACACAGCCCUUCAUUGGGCUUCCUCUCUGGCUCGAGUUGGCCUUGUACGCGCCUUUCUCCGGUCCGGCGCUGAUGUCAAUCGUGGAAAUGAUGUGGGGGAAACUCCACUUAUGCGCUCAACGCUGGUGACCAACAACUUUGAAAAAGAAUCAUUCAACCAACUUCUUGAACUACUACACCCAUCGCUAUGGACUUUAGACAGCCAAGAUCGAACCGUCCUGCAUCACAUAUGCUUGACAGCUAAUGUCAAAGGACGCGCCGAGAGUAGUCGCUACUAUCUAGAAUGUAUCUGUGAAUGGAUUGUUAACAAACAUGGCGCGCAGUUCGAUAGUCAGUUUGUCGACGCGGUUGAUCUGAAUGGAGAUACUGCAUUGAACAUUGCCGCCAGAGUUGGAAAUAAACAUCUAGUGCGCAUGCUGUUGGAUGUUGGGGCGGACAAGACGAUAGGGAAUAACUUGGGACUAAAGCCGAUUGACUUCGGAGUCGGGGGAGGAGAAACCAGCAUGUCACCUGGUAAUGACUUCAUGGUAGCCCCAUCUUUACGGAGAAAUCCGACUGCGUCUAUUCCUGCUCGCUCAUCGCGUGAUAUCAUCACAUCGAUAACAUCAUCCCUUAACUGUCUCUCAGAGGAUUUCGACAAUGAAGUCCGGAGUAAAACAGACAGGUUGGAGUCCGUCCGAGCACAAUUGAAGGUGGCCACGCGUCAGCUGACGACACAACGGCGACAGCUCGAGUUAUUCAAGCACGAUCUCGACGAGAGGGCUCUAGUCGAGUUGAGGCUGAAGAAACUACGCGUUGCUAUCGCAGAGGAAGAUGGGUUCGAUUGGACUGGCCGCUCGGAUCUCGAUGGUCGACCUGCGCAAGCGGGCAAAUUGUUCAAACAAGACGGCAUCGCUACCACCCUGGCAGGGCUUUCCGCAUCGCAGAUUCAACUUGAGCUCGAGCCUGAUCCGUUCAUACCAUCUGAGAACAAUGAGGCUAGUUUGGUCUAUCUACGCCGCUUGGAGAAGUGGUAUAUUCGCGUACUCGAUCUUCUCCGGGAACGGAUUGGGAAAAUGAAGGGUAGUAAUCUUGAGCAAGAGGCCAAGUACCUCAAAGUGAUCGGGUCAUUCAUUGGAAAUACCUGUACAAAUGACUUCAGCUCUUCCGGGCCAAGCCUGCCCGGCAAAUCACAAAACCAACCCAAUUCAGCCACACAGGACGUCCUUGCAAGGGCAUCUCAGAACGUAAAUCCCGCCGACAUCCAUCAUCUGGAAUCCAUGGACGCCGGCCAGCACGCUGCCAACGACAGCCAUGGACUUCGUGCUAGUCAAUCUGAACUGCUGCAGCCGUCGAUGAUCGACAAUAAACUGCUCAAGCAACUCAUGGCCGCGAUCGAAUCAGACGGACCUGAGUUAGACUUGAAUCGCGUGGCUGGAUUCAUGCAACGCGUCCAAUCGGGCUCGCUAUAA